AUGGGCGACGACAGUGAGCGCGCUGCGAGGGAGCUCAAGGAGAAGCAGGAACGCGAGGCAACCAGCAAGCUUGCCAUCGCCAACCCCGCCAACUCCAGCGCGGGACUCUUCUCCAUCUCCUCCUUGCACGCCCAAGCCGUCGGCCUCUCCUCCAUCAAGGGCCACGUUCCCGUCGAGCUCGCCCUCGACACCGGCGUUCACCGCCAAUGGCGCACGUUCUUCCGCGCCGCCCUUCGCAAGUACGCCCUGCUGGAUCACAUCGACGCGGCUGCUCCGUCCGAUCCGACGCCGGAGUGGACUCUCCUCGACGCCACGGUCGUCUCGUGGCUCUAUGGGUCCGUCUCCCUUGGCCUCCUCGACGCAGUCAUGAAACCGGGCGAUGAUCCCAUAGCCGUCGAGCUUUGGACCAGCAUCAACAGCCUCUUCACCGAUCACAAGAUCAACCGCCAGCUUCAUCUCUCCACCGAGCUCGACGGGCUCGACAUGAGCGAGCUGACGAUGAAGGACUACUUGACCAAGGUUAAGAGCCUUUCUGAUGGCCUUACUGAUCUAGGCGCUCCGGUCGACGACGCCAAGCUUGUCAUCCAGUGCCUCAACGGCCUCCCCGAGCAAUACGACUCGGCCGCCGAUCUCAUCUCCCUCAUGCCCGGGAUGAACUUCGACAAAUGCCGGUCUCUCCUUGAGCUUCAGGACAUGAAGAAGAAGAACCGUCGAUCCCGCUCUGGUGACACGGCUCUCUACUCCACCACGCCCAACCCAAACCUUAAUCCUGGCAAGGGUGACGGCAAGGGAAAGAAGAAGAAAAAGAAACAGGACAAGGAGAAGCGGGAUAAAGAGGGCGCGCCCGCUACGGCUCCGACCCCAGCCGCCCCAUCUUGGACGCCAAUGCAGCUUCCCUGGAACGGCGCCUUCCAGAUGUGGCCCUACGGCCAGGCCGGCUUGCUUGGUCGGCAGCACUACGUGCCCCGCCCCACGCCACCCUCUCAUGCCUACUACGCGCACAGCCCAUAUGGUGCGGUUCCCUCCUACGGCUAUGGCACUCCACCAUUACCCCACGGCUACGGCAACACCGCUCCCAUCGCUGCACCUCCAUCUCCGGCACCAUCGACGGCCUCCUGGGACCAGCAGGCUCUGCUCAAUCAGUUCCAGACUAUGGGACUGCAAGCUCCUCCUCGUGAAUGGGUAAUGGAUACUGGCGCAUCCUCCCACUUCGCGUCCGACCCUGGAUCUCGCGUACCGGGACCGAGAUUCUCGGAUGCAAUAGCUUCGGAGCUCUCUACCCGGUCCAAGCUUCUUCCACCAGUCCACCCACUGCCUUCCUCGUUGCCGAUUCUGCGCUAUGGCACCGUCGACUCGGACAUCCAGGCCAGCCUGUCCCUGAGCAAACGAUGGUGCCGACACCGUACACCGUGCCUGCCACGGUCGCUCCAGCCGUGCCUCCUGCGGCGCCCCCUGCGACGGAUCGGUCGUCUGCGGCCUGGCAGCCUGUCGCGCCUGGUUUCUCUGUCGCGGCAGAUGAGCCUGCCGCGCCCUCACCUGCCCUGGCUUCGCCCUCGGCUGCCCGGCAGCCUGCCGCGCCUCGUCUCUCUGUCGCGGCAGCACCCUCCACUGCAGCCUCGCCGCCCGAGCCUACUGCAACUGCACCGGUUCGACGACCGCGUGCACCACUGA